CCUCACAUUUUCAAAUAAUCCCAAAUCCUCCAUUACUUAAACAAUCAUAGCUCAUCACUUUUCUCCCCAAAUCAAACAACAAUCAUGAACAAUCUCCUUUCUUCCUCUUUCAAUCAAUCGCAAGGCGAAGAAUCACUCGGCGAUGUUCAACUCUCCGUCAAUGAUCUCACCGGCACCGGCGCCCCAACCCUCGACAAAUUCUUCGCUGACGUCGAAGCAGUGAAAGUAGAACUCACCGGCUUAGAAACCCUUCAUUCCAAACUCCAAACCGAACACGAACAAAGCAAAACACUUCACAACGCAAAAUCCGUCAAGGAAUUACGAGAGAAAAUGGACGCAGACGUCGGAUCCGCUUUAAAAAAGGCAAAACUGAUCAAAAUCCAUCUCGAAACCCUAGAUCGCUCAAACGAAACGAGUCGAAACAUCUCCGGUUGCGGUCCAGGUAGCUCAUCUGAUCGAACUCGAACUUCUCUAGUCAACGGUCUUCGUAAAAAACUACAGGAUUCAAUGAAAUCCUUCAACGGACUCCGGAACCAGAUCGCCGAUGAUUACCGUGAAACUGUUCAACGGAGGUAUUAUACAGUGACAGGUGAAAAAGCGGAUGAAUUGACUGUUGAUAGAUUGAUUGAAACAGGGGAAAGUGAGACUUUUUUACAGAAAGCGAUUCAGGAGCAAGGAAGGGGGAAAAUACUUGAUACGAUUGCUGAGAUUCAAGAGAGAUAUGAAGGGACGAAGGAAUUGGAAAGGAAUUUGAAGGAGCUGAAUCAGGUGUUUAUGGAUAUGGCGGUUUUGGUUGAUCAUCAAGGGAUGUUAGUAGAUGAUAUUGAGAAUCAGGUGAAUCGUGCGAAUUCGUAUGUUCGUGAUGGGACUGUGCAGUUGCAGGUGGCACGUAGACAUCAGAAGAAUACUCGUAAGUGGACUUGUUUUGCGAUUGUUCUUCUUUUGUUGAUUGUGCUUUUGGUGGUCUUGUUUACUGUCAAGCCAUGGCAGAAGAACAAGUAGUAGAGAGAAAUAUAAUUGUUCACAUUUCAUUUUGGGUUUUUGUAAAAAUGUGAUUUUUAUGCAUUUCUGAUUUUGUGUAAUUUAUUUUUGGCAUAUAUAAGAAGUGGGUAUUUGAGUUUGGAAUGAAUUAUCACCUUGUUUU